AUGUAUUACGAUAUAUCGAGUAUUCCCAUUACUUCAAGUAAUAAUACCAUCAGCAUUUCUCCUGAAUCAUUCGGAGGUGGUAGACAUUCUUUUCAACCAUCAUCGUCUUGUCUUUAUUCCAAACAACAACAAACGUUUUCAAACAUUUCCUAUCAUUUAUUACUGCCGUCUUCUUCUAAUGCCACAACCACCACCACCACCUCUAUAACAACUUCAACAAACCCACCACCACGACCUAUACUCUCCGAAACCGAACAUUUAGAAUCCUUUCAAUGUGCUCUUGCUCUCAAUGAAUGUUGCAAACGACGAGAUUGGAAACAAUUUGGAAAUUUAUUGUCGAAUUCAGAAGUCGAUAAAGGAAUUUCUGAAUUACAACAAAAAUAUGAUAAACAAAUCACUCGAAUGGAUUACGUGAGCGUUUUUAUUCCGAGAUUGAUGAAAAGUACGAAUCGAGGAAAAUACAAUGAUUUGGUCGAUUUUGAAUUCCGACGAGAAUUUAUUGUGAGCGAGUUGGAAGUGAUUUAUGUUUUUAAUUAUAUUUAUCAAGUGAAGCAAAUGGAAGGUGCUUCUGCUGCUACUCGUUCGGCUCAGCAGAAUUAUAGUUCAAGCAACUCCAAUCGAUUCGAAGAAGAAGAGACACUAUGGGUGACACGAGAAAGUAGAAAUCAUUGUUGGAAGGUUCAGUUUUUUGGAACGCCGUUUCCAUCGUCGUCUCAUUUGUCUCCACAAUGUUGUGUCAUUCUGUAG